CCCCUUCGCCGAGAGAGGCGGACUUGCAGCUUUGUGGCUCUACACAUUAGGCAGUGUGCACCGACCUCCCGAUGGCAUCAUCGGCCGACACCGAGAGCGUGGCAGCUCCCCCGCCCGGCGGGAUGCGCUAUAGCACUCGGGAUGCCGAGCUCGACGAGAAAUUCUACGACGACGCCGAGACCGAGUUCAUCUCUGAGCUCACAGGUAUCAAAGACCCGGAUGAACUGAAGAAGCACGUCCUGCAGGUCCAGCGCGAGGUUUACGCGGUCCACCCGUACCCUUGUAUACGGCUCUGCGGCUUUGUGAAAACGAGGAUAUCUCGCUUCCCCACCUACAAGGAUCUCCUGCAGCUCGGAAGGGACCGCCCGGGCGCACUGUUUCUCGACAUUGGCUGCGGUGUUGGCAAUGACACCAGGAGGGCCGUUUUGGAUGGAUUCCCAGCCAACCAGAUCGUCGCCUCGGAUCUCCAUCCCGAGUUCUGGGACAUAGGCCACAAGGUGUUCAAGUCCACACCCGAGUCAUUUCCGGUCAAGUUCAUUGCAGGCGACGCCUUCGACGACUCUUUCCUCGCGUACGGCGGCCCCAUUGCAACCCCGGCAGCGGGCAGUGAGCAGCCAACGGACCUGUCCGCUCUGACUUCGCUCACCCCGCUCCGCGGGAAGCUGUCGGUGAUCUACGCCUCGUCACUCUUCCACCUUUUCGGCGAGGAGCAGCAGAGCGAGCUCGCGCACCGCCUCGGCUCGCUGCUCUCACCCACGUCAGGCUCGUUCAUCUUCGGGGCACACCUCGGGAAGCCCGAGAAGGGCCUAUUCCUUGAGAACAUACGUCCGAACAUCCCUGAAGGCGUGCGCAUGUUCUGCCAUAGCCCGGAGAGCUGGAAGGCGUUGUGGGAAGAGGUACUUGGGGAAGGCAAAGUAGAGACCAAGGCCGUGCUGAGGGAGGUCCAGCGGCCGGAUAUGCCAGAGGGUGUGAUGGCACAAUUCAUGAUCUGGUCCGUUAAGCGACUGUGAGGCUGCGGGAAGAUCGCUAUUCUACCGUUCAGGUUCCUAGAUUUCUUGUUUUGGCGUAACAAUAAUCCCACGCGGUAUCUUCUGACAU